AUGAUGAGCACCGACUCCUUCUCCAAGCUAUCAAUAGCAGACGUAUCCGACACAAGGGACGGUCAAAUGAUGGACGAGCAAACAGAGCAAACUACAACAACAACGCCUGCUGUGAGAAGAACUUCUUCCCCAGUAAUUAACGAAACAGCAGCAGCAGCAGCAACAGUAACAACCCCGACAGGCUCUAUCCAUUCCAAUGGAACUCCAAACGUAAAGAGGACAUCCUCCACAUCCUCAAACUACGACAAUAUUAAUGCAAACUUGCAUGCAAGAGUCAAGGCGUUUCAAGAGCAGAGAGCUUUGAAGAGAUCCGCUAGUAUUGGAAGUAAUAAGAGUGAUCAUAAUGAAUCUGCACAGACUGCCGAUCAACAACAGCAGCAGCAGCAGCAGCAGCAACAAGGAACAAAGAAUAUACAGCAUAUAGUCAAUAAACCACUGCCUCCGUUGCCUCCCAUGAAUAUGCUGAAUACAUCGCCGAAGGCUGCUACGGCGGAAGUCAAGUCGUCUCACAGGAUAUCGAUGACCAUCGAGACAACCUCGACUAUUGAGAAAAACGUUGAGCAACAGCAGCAGCAGCAACAGAGAGAAAUUAAACAGAUUGAUGAAAGAAACAUAAGGAUAAGACAACAAAGACAACAGCAUAACAUUGAAUAUCCACUCCCACCUCCAACAAACAUGGCACAAUUUAACCCAAGCAGAAGAGCCCCCAGGCUCCCCGUAAACGUACAUGCUGUAAGUGGUUCUGCACCUCCACCAAUAACAUCAUCCACUCUACCGAACCGUCCCGUGAAACAAAGCUUAAGUGCUCGACGUGGGUUGAAACUACCACCGGGGGGUAUGUCGUUGAAAAUGUUAAAUAAACCAUCAUUAUCGUUAUCUUCAUCUUCAUCAUCCCUAUCACAAACAUCAGAAGAAUUCUCAGCAUCACCUUCAAAUAAGACGCAUAAAGGUGGUAAACAUUCCAAUCCAGGUUCUUUAAUCAACGGUGUACAAAGUACAGCCACCUCUUCAAGUAAUAACGAACAACAUGACACGAAGGGAACUACUCCUCCACAACAAAAUAAUUGUAAUAAUUCCUCCCUCGGGUCCGGCAGUGGUGGUUCAGGUGGUCUCUUUGCCAAUUUCGCCAAAUAUGUAGAUAUUAAAUCCGGUUCACUAAACUUUGCAGGAAAAUUAUCAUUAUCCUCCAAGGGGAUCGAUUUCAGUAAUGGUUCAAGUUCAAGAAUCACAUUGGCGGAAUUGGAAUUCAUUGAAGAAUUGGGUCAUGGGAAUUAUGGGAACGUAUCCAAAGUGUUACAUAAACCAACAAAUGUCAUCAUGGCAAUGAAAGAAGUCAAAUUGGAAUUGGAUGAAGCCAAAUUUAGACAAAUUUUAAUGGAAUUGGAAGUGUUACAUAAAUGUAAAUCACCUUAUAUCGUGGACUUUUAUGGUGCAUUUUUCAUCGAGGGUGCAGUAUACAUGUGUAUGGAAUACAUGGAUGGUGGUUCAUUGGAUAAAAUAUAUGAUCAGGACCCUGAAAUUGGCGGUAUUGAUGAACCACAAUUAGCAGUUAUUGCCACAGCAGUAAUUAGAGGUUUGAAAGUAUUAAAGGAUGUUCAUCACAUUAUCCAUAGAGAUGUGAAACCUACAAAUAUAUUAUGUUCUGCCAAGCAAGGUACUAUAAAAUUAUGUGAUUUUGGAGUUUCAGGAAAUUUGGUGGCGUCCAUGGCAAAGACCAAUAUUGGAUGUCAAUCAUAUAUGGCUCCAGAACGUAUUAAGUCAUUAAAUCCAGAUAUUGCUACAUAUACGGUUCAAUCUGAUAUUUGGUCCCUAGGAUUAUCCAUUUUGGAAAUGGCAUUGGGCAGAUAUCCAUACCCACCUGAAACUUUUGAUAAUAUUUUCUCACAAUUAAGUGCCAUUGUCGAUGGACCUCCACCAAAAUUACCAGCAGGUAAAUUUAGUAAAGAAGCUCAAGAUUUUGUUUCCUUAUGUUUACAAAAGGUCCCUGAAAGAAGAUUGAAUUAUACAGCAUUGUUAGAACAUCCUUGGUUAGUUAAAUAUAGAGACGUUGAUGUAGGAAUGAGUGAAUAUCUGACAACAAGAAAGGAAUUAAAGAAGAGAAUAUUAGCGGAGAAGGGUAAUGAUAACUUACCAAAGAAGGUCCCCGCUCUACACAUGGGUGGGUUAUGA